GGGCGUGAGGCUGUACUUCCUCCGCCCCCUCCUAAUGGAGCGAACCAUUCCCAGCUAUUCCUCCUCGCCCGCUCCCUGUUUCUCCCUCUUUCUCUCCCUCACCUCCGUCUCCCCCCUUGUGUGCAAAGUCCUCCGCUGCUCGGAACUUGUUGGCAAUGCCUAUUUUUCAGCUUUCCCCCACGUUCUCCAAAGUAACUAUUUAAAGAUCUGCAGUCGCAAAUGGUUUUACUAAAUGUAGGAUGGGACUUAAGUUGAACGGCAGAUACAUUUCUCUGAUCCUCGCUGUACAGAUAGAAAAGGAGGCGGACAGCCGCAGGGCUCCCGCUGAGGGACUCGCAGGCGUCCCCGUUCACGGGGCAGCCUCGGAGCAAAGAGAAGCCAGCGGCUGCCUCGAUAGGACGAAUGGAAUGGAAUGGAAUAGCGAAGUGAAACGCAAGAGUGAACGGCCCGAAAUCCCGGAGCUGGGGAAGGUGAACGGAGGGAGGGCAUGGAAGGGGAGCCCGGCAGAAGGUGCCCGGGACGGAGAGGCCCCGGGAGGAGACAACGACCGCUGCGAUACGGGGGGUCGGCGGGGAACGUCUAUCAGGAUAGGGUAUCUACAGAGCAUCUCUUGUCUCCUGGCUGCUGUUUUCUGGCACAAACUCAUCCUGCUGGGACAAAUAUUUAGAAACGAGAUAAGGUACUGGGACGAUUUCCACGCCUGCACCCUCACAGCGCUCACGGAUUGCCAGGAAGGAGCGACAGACCUGUGGGAGAAACUGAGACGGGAAUCCAAAAACCUCGAUUUCCAGGGCAGUUUGUUCGAACUGUGCGGAGGCGGCAACGGAGCAGCCCCGUCCCAGCUGCCGCCGUCGCUGCCCGUGCUGCUGGGGGCACUGGGGGCAGCUCUGGCCACCUGGGGGCUGCCCUUCUAGCGGGGCCAACGCUGCACCCGGAGAGGAGCGUCCGUCCUCGGCUUUGGGGACGUCGUGCUCGGCCGUGGUUGGUGACGGUGGCUGAUGGUGGCGGAACACCCGUAUAGGACUG